GCGCGCCUGCCAAUGAAAACAAAUAAUAUGUUUGGAAUUUUAAAGAUUGGAAAGGCAUUGCUAGAUGUUUUGUUGAAUUAAAAAAUUUGCUUGAAUUCGAAGUACCGUACCUAUAUAUCAUAGAACACUUACCGUCCAUCAGGUAUCGUGACGAAUAGAGAUUAUAGAACAGAAAGUGUAUAUGGUGAUCAAAGAAGAACGAGGUGAGCGUUUUGGAUAAAAAUUCUAACAAAUUUGAUAACUUAUCUCACACAGCAAACUUGUUUAGAAUAAAGAUAAAUUCACGGUCAAGAAUUUUUUCAUCAAGGGCUGAUACAUAGUAAAAAUGGCUGUAAAUGUAUAUUCUACGAACGUUACGUCAGAAAAUCUAUCGCGGCAUGAUAUGCUAGCGUGGGUGAAUGAUUGUCUCCAGUCAAACUUUGCGAAGAUCGAAGAGUUGUGUACAGGUGCCGCCUAUUGCCAGUUCAUGGACAUGCUGUUCCCUGGCAGUGUACCAAUGAAAAGAAUCAAAUUUAAGACAAAUUUGGAACAUGAAUAUAUACAGAACUUUAAAAUAUUACAAGCUGGUUUUAAAAAGAUGGGUGUGGACAAGAUAGUACCCAUUGACAAACUGGUGAAGGGUCGUUUCCAAGAUAAUUUUGAGUUUUUGCAAUGGUUCAAGAAAUUCUUUGACGCCAACUAUGGAGGUGCGGCAUAUGACGCAGUGGCGCAGCGAGAAGGUCUGCCCAUGGGGCACGGGGGCUCGGCCGCCCCGAGGGCCGCUGCCGCUAAGAAACCCGUCGCCCCUGUCGCCAAAGUCGCAGCUAGACCCCAAACCAUUGGGAAAGCUAAUACAACAGUCAGAUCUCCACCAGUUAAUUUGUCACGGAUAAGUCAAAGUGCCAAGGGUGAUUCGAAAGUUGUGGAUGAAUUAAACCAUCAGAUAAACGAAUUGAAAGCCACAGUCGAUGGAUUAGAAAAAGAGAGAGACUUCUACUUCGGUAAGCUUCGGGAUAUAGAGGUGAUCUGUCAAGAGAUGGAAGAACAACACAAUGCUCCUAUAGUGCAAAAGAUUCUUGAUAUUUUAUAUGCCACUGAGCCUGUUAUUUUCCAGGACGGUUUUGCGCCUCCCGAGGAGAUAGACGGCGACAACCCUCACCCGCCAGAAGAGGACGAAUAUUGAAACAAGACAAUACGACAUCAACGCGUAUCAUAGUGCUCUUGUAUAUUAUAUCAAACGAAAUUAUAUCGCUUAACAAUCAUUGACAAUAUUGAGUGCUUAGUAUUUCACAGCCAACGAGUCGUAACAUACUAGGUCGGUCCAUUGACACAGUGACCUUUAGCUUUUCUUGUGUAUUAAAUUUUAACACGUUUGUUAAUUCUAGUAUGUUUAUAAUUAACAUUAAAAUUUUAAAUUAUCAAAACGACUGUCUAUAUUUGGAUGGUCGCGGAUUUGUUAUACAUUUUCCUUAUGUAUUAUAACAUUUUUGAAUUAUGUAACGUGUUAAAAUUUAUUCUAACAUAUAUAAAAUAUUAUUUUCAUCUGUAAUUUAUUUCUCUGAUUUUUGCACAAAAGUAAUUUAUCAUCCAUAUGUUUAUUUUAUAGGAAUUUUUAGACCUACAAUUAUUGAAAUAGCUUAAUAAUGACUAGCGGUAUUGUAAAAGUUAGUCUUUCAAGUAACAAUAAUUUAUGUAGGUUCCGUAGGUAGAUGAGUAAUAAUAACAUUGUAUCGUGCAUGUAAAUCUAUGUUGUAUUUUCGCAUGGCUGUGUCAUACCUAAGUGCAUACCGAAUAAAUUAUUUGGGGGCGACAUUUCUCGACUGAAUUUCUAAUUUCGUGUGUAUUUUCGGAGGUUUGAAGUAUAAAUGAAUGGCGUUGAGGUUUCGCGUUUGAGAUUGAGUAAUGUGCAAUGAACCGCGAAAUGAGAUGCUUUUUCUCGUAUCUACUACAUUUCUGGGCCACUAUUGCCUAAAUAAUGUGCAUUUAAUAGUUUGUUAAUUAUUGGAAGAGAUUUACUGUUACUUGUUCAGUUCUGUUAAUAAAUAACAAAGUUAGCCAAAAUUAAAUGUUACAAUAUUAUCUCGUAUUAUUAUGGUUUGUAAUUAGAUCUGAAAUUCUUAGUUUUCAUGGAAAUUUAUUUUGUUCUCUGCAAUUUGAAUAACCAUGCUAGUAAAUCGUUACAUACUUAUUUUUCGUUUUAAUACUAACAUUAGUUAUACGUAAGGUAUACUAAUAAAUAAUAAUUUAGUAUAUUUUAUUGGUAAAGCAUCUUAAAAGCGGGACACUAACGACUUGUUGGCGGAAGAUGUUCGCUGGUUAAGAUAAAGAUAGAUAAUUUAUUUACUUCAGCAUUCGUAAAUUGCCUUAACUUCAGAUAUAUUAAUUGCGUCUGAUUUUCAGAUUGUGAAUGUCUUAUCGAAUAAAUAACUUUUAUUGACAA